CAUGGCAAGGGCAAGACUGAGAGACCGCCACCAGGACAACCUCCGCCGCAAGCUAGAGUUGUUGAAAGCAGAACAGGGGGUGGAAGAGGAGGAGGGAUCGGAAGGUGAAGGGGCAGCUGAGGGUACAACAUUGUCAGCAGAUGAAGCGCCUGAGAAACCAGAGGAGAAGGAGGAGAGUGAAGGAUCAGAGGUGGAUGAGGAUCAAGUGGCCAACGCAAUGCUGACAGAGAGUUUCGCCGACUACGACUCAGGACAGUACAGUCCCCGGUACCUGAGCCAGUCACAACUAGAACCAGGGACACUGGUCACUACGGAGGAGGAUGAUGCCAAGAGGUUGGUGUUUGCCAGACUACAGGUGCAGGGCACUGGCAAGAGUGUGCAGCCAGCCACGUCUCUGGAGGAAGAGGUGCUGCAGAGAGAAGCUCGCAAGGGGAUGACCAACGAUGAGGCAGAAUUCUCUGUAGAGUCUAUCCUGGACAGUCAGGUCUAUCUGUGGUCUGACAAGUACCGUCCUCGCAAACCAAGAUACUUCAACAGAGUUCACACGGGAUUCGAGUGGAAUAAAUACAACCAGACUCACUACGACAUGGACAACCCUCCACCCAAGAUUGUGCAGGGCUACAAGUUCAAUAUCUUCUACCCUGACCUCAUCGACAAGAAUGCAACUCCAGAGUACUUCUUGACACCAUGUCCGGAAAAUCAUGAUUUUGCAAUCCUCCGGUUCCACGCAGGACCACCGUAUGAAGACAUAGCCUUCAAGAUUGUGAACAGAGAGUGGGAGUACUCGUAUAAACGUGGCUUCCGCUGCCAGUUCCACAACAACAUCUUUCAACUAUGGUUCCACUUCAAGCGAUAUCGCUACAGGAGAUAAAGUUCCGGUUGAACAUUCGACCUGUGUAUCUGUGUAAAUAAAAUUGUAUAUCAUUUUUAAA